AUGGCAGGAGUUUCAGUAACAGUACCUAAUUUUUCAGGAGAUCUUGGUGAAGAUAUUAAUACUUUUAUCAAGCAAUUCAAAGGAUUUCUAAAUAAUAUUAAUAUUGAUGUAUCAAAUAUGCUAACUAAUAUAUAUGAUAAUCAUGAUACAAAUACUUUAGCAAAUCUUCAAACACAAACCAUGGUACAGAUGAUUGUCACCAACAGUUUUAGACCACACCCUUCAGCACAUGCCUAUGCAAAUAUUGGAACCAAUAAAGCAGUUACAAUUAAAUGUGCUAAUGGCAAUACUCCUAUAAUAUUACCUGGAAUUCAUAUUGGUCAAACUAUUUACUACCUUAAAAACCUCUAUCUUACAAUAUUAGAAGAGAGAAACCAAGUAGAAUUUGGUACUCUUGACCAGGGUAAUGAACCAGUUAAAACUUUCUAUGUAAAAGUAAGAAGAUAUGAUGAAUCAACUAUAACAAGAAUAUUGCAAAAAAGUGAUGAUAUACUUAACACUGAAAUCACCAAUCCCGAAGCUAAAAGACACAAAUCUGUAACAGUUCCUGAGUUUGAACUUGCUCUUAGGGAAUUCGUUUUAAUUUACCAAGACAAAGCUAUCUUAAGUGAAGCUGUUUUAAUUGAAAAGCCAAGCAAUUGGCAGAUGGCUUAA